UCAGCUGCUCGGCAGGCAGAGCAAACUUCAGCUGUGAGUUUUGUGAUGGUCACAUGAUGAUGUUGUGGGUAUAUUACUCCCAAUGUCUCAGCUUGUCCCUCACAGAGCUGACUGUCUGCCUGCUGCAGUGAGAGGGACUGUGCAUGGUGCAGUGUUUUACUCUUCCUGCCUGUUUCAUUUAAUAACACUGAGGGAGUGAACCAAGGCAAGGUUGGAGUUACAGCGUCAAGCCGCAACUUUUUGUGGGAAACUAUGAGAAACGUGGAGCUGUGAUUUUUUUUUUUUUUUUUAAAUUUCCAGUUGACAGCUGACAAGAGCAGAAGGAGAUGGAGAACAAGGCCAUGUAUCUGAGUACAUAUGAAGAGAGAGAGAACGGAUCCAUGUAUGAAGAGGCUUAUGACGGACGCAACCUGUCCAAACUCAACCUGUGUGAUGAAGGUUCUGGAAAGCGUCGCAGGAAGCAGGAUCAGUGCUGCAGCCAUCUUAAUUCCCUCUCAGCUAUCAAGUACGCCAUAGUCUCCCUCUACAUCCUGGUUCUUCUCACCAUCUUCGGACUCUGCCUGGCAGUCUCUCGCUCCCAGGUUUCUUCACAGCGACAGGAGGUGCUGAUGGAGAACGUGACCCGGAUGUCAGAGCGUUCACGGCUGCUCCAGCAGAACCUGGGAGAGGCAUCCACUCAGGCCGACCUGCUGGAGAACAUCUGGAAACUGGAGAACAUCUUCCAGAACCACAGCGACUGGCUGCAGAGGCUGGAGAUCCUCAUCAAAGGUCUGGAGGUGGAGCUGAGGAGCAUCAAGUCUCACUCCCUUCAGUCAGAGGGCUACCUGGUGCAGCUGGACGACAGGCUGGCAUCUCUAAGUAGCUCCGCCGGCAGGAACCUGACAGGUCUGAGUGCAGAGGUGGCAAGAACCUCCAUCUGGCUCCGCAACCAGGACGUCAUGCUCAGGGAAACCUCAGGGCAAGUGAGUGGGCUGAGAGAGAAACUGGACGAGGUUAACUGGACAGUGGGAGCUGUCAAUCACACCUUCAGCAAUGACAUCAAUGUUCACCACUUGAAAAUACAGGACUUGCAGAUCCAGAUCAGCAACAUAACAGAGGACACCUCUAGUUUAUGGGUGACCCAUGUCCACACGGAGGCCCAGCUGAGGAACGAGAUGGAGAUCCUCAACACAAUCACAGAGGACCUCCGCCUGAAGGACUGGGAGCACUCCCUGGCCCUGAAGAACCUCACCAUAUUAGAAGGGCCUCCAGGGCCAAAAGGAGAGAAAGGUGAUAGUGGCCCACUGGGGCCCCCUGGGGCCCCUGGAUUGACUGGCUUAAGAGGGUUUACAGGAGAAAAGGGCAUCCAGGGCCCUCGUGGUAUGAAAGGGUCGAUUGGGGUCGGCGGUGGUGAUGGAGAAAAAGGAGAUUCUGGACCUGCUGGGCCUAAAGGUGACAGAGGAGACAGAGGGAUGAAAGGGGAGAAGGGUGAUCGAGGAGACAGGGGAGAGAAAACAGUUGAGGAGACCCUGGUGCGGCUGGUAAAUGGGUCAGGGCCUCAUGAGGGUCGUGUGGAGGUUUUCCACGAACGCCGCUGGGGGACGGUGUGUGACGAUGUCUGGGAUAAAAAGGAUGGAGACGUGGUCUGUAGGAUGCUGGGAUACCGAGGAGCCACUGAGGUCCAUAAGACUGGACGCUUCGGACAGGGUACAGGUCUGAUCUGGAUGGAUGACGUGGCAUGUACAGGGACUGAAGACACCAUCCACCAGUGUAAGUUCUCUGGUUGGGGCAAAACCAACUGUGGCCACGUGGAGGACGCUGGUGUGACCUGUGCCAUCUAAACCAUCACGAUCCUGACACUGCUGCAGCAGCCAAACAUCUCCUCAAACAAGUGCCUUCAACUUUUAAGAAGCUCCAAGGUGGACAUUUCCCCACCAUUUGUCCCAGAGGUGUCAUAUUAGCUGUGUGUUGCUUGUUUUACCUGCAUAAAGUGCCACCUCACCUGUGUGAACUAGAUCUGCAGCUUUUUUAGAAGUUUAUGACUAAACGUGACCUUUUUAACCACAAGACUGAAAAAAGGGGCCAAUGAAAAUGCAGAAAAAUUUCAAACUUUGAGCAACAAAGUUUUCAUUUUAUUAAGCAGUGCACCAUAUGAGCUGGUACGCAAGGGGAGGAUCGCAGGACAGGACUCGUCAUCAGGACUGAAUUACAGAGCUCACCUGUCUUCCAUUAAGGGUCUGUGGUCAGCUUUCAUAGGAGUAGGGUGAAGUUGCCCUCAGAGGCUCGUCUGGGGUCAUAUUUGUUGUUUUGACCCCCAGUUGAGGGGGAGCUGAUCCAACAACUUCAUCAACCUAGAGUCUACAUGUGUCAGCUGAGGAGCUGAAAUGACACAAAAAGAAACUGACAAGACUGUGUCAAUGACAAACUGUUCUUUCGUUUGCAGGCAGCUGCUCUUCACAGUAUUAUGUAGGAAUGGCUUUUGAGUGAUGCUUAAUAUACCAAUGUUGCCUUAUCAUGAUAUACUACAUAGCAUUGCCUGGUAAGCAUUGAUUUGGUGAUUUGUAGAUCAAAAGCUGACUAGAAGUCUGAGUUAAAGGAUAGGUUCACAUGUCUGUGAAGAUUCUC